AUGCUAGUCAGUCAACAUCAUCGCUACAAUUCAUCUUAUACAGCUCGCCCAACUGCUUCCAAUUUCUUGACGCAGUUCACAGCUUGGGCUAAAGUGUGGAUAUCCUCCUCAACAUCUCUGGCUGCAUUGUCGCCUUCCAGAAAGAGAAAGCUUAUUUUGAUGGACACAGCCCACUUUCGCGACACAGACAUUCGAUCCCGAGUCAAUUACUAUGACCAGGCUCACUCUAUCCACAACACAGUUCCUACAAUUUCGCAAAGAGCAUCACUGUAUCGAUCAACCUGUCAAAAACUCCGACCUAACCAUAGCAAGCUGACUCGUUUGGGUGAUAUGAUUCAUGUCAGGCACUUUUGGGAUGACCUGGAGAAGCUUGCCUUUCCAGACCUCACAAGUAACACAAACCAUCACUAUGUUGCUCCAUCAAAACGUGUGCCCUUCAAUCCUGACAAGCUGGGAUCGCUCUAUCGUCCUAAACGCUCCAAGAAGCUGCCGCCAAUGUAUUUCCAACAAAAGCGAAAGCGACCCUCUUUUGGCUCAUCUACCAUUGUAUAUACACAGACACCAAAUCAACAUGUCCAAAUUUUACCAAUUCAUAUCACUUGUCGCAUCCCACCUCAUCGUCGGGUACCACAAGCAAUGAGAGGAUUGGUACACCAGCACGAUGAGCAAGAGGACGACGACGAUGAUGAUGUUCCACUCGGAGCACUGCAACUUUCCUAA